UUCCCUUCAGCUAAUGCUAUUAAUCUAAGCUCAAAAGCAUCUCUCUGCCACUGCUGAAGCUCUUUAUAUCUCUCUCUCCAGCUCCUUUCUAUAGCUGAAAAGAGAAGAAAGAAAGUAUGGAGAAUAUUUACAAACAAAUCCAUACUCCGAUUCAAUUGAUCAGCAGUUCUCAUUUUCUGAAGCUAGUCACCAAAAUUUUGCUCCCUUUUUCAGUCCUUUCUGUUAUAAUAUCCUACCCUUUGUUGUGCAACUUCCAUGUUUUAGCAUAUGGUUUACAGCUCUUUAGUUUCAAUGUUGGUAAGAAUUACAUGUUUCUACUUUGCAAUGGACUUCUUGUUUUCAUUGUCACCAGCUCUGGUUUGAUCGGUAGUUCUUCGAUGGAGACUGAUUUUAAAGCUGAAAAGACUCUCAAGAGUAAGGAAGGUAGUGAAAGAGAAUUACACGCUAAAUCACCAGAGCCGAAAGCUAUUGUAAAUGCAAAAGUUAUUCCAGAAGUUGAUCAAGAUUUGACCCUGCUUCAAGGAAGAGAACAUGUGCCCUUGGUAGUAAAAGAUGCAGGUGAAGAAGAUAGAAAUGAGCUUGUUUCAGUUGAGGAAGACGAAGAUGAAGAACUUGGGUUGAUGAGUAAUGAAGAGUUAAACAAGAAAUGUGAAGAUUUUAUUAGAAAAAUUAAAGAAGGAAUUCAAUUAGAAGCCCAGCAACUGAUUAUGGUUCAAUAACAGAAUUUGACGCAAUCGAGGGUACUCUAAGCAUCAACCUAGUUAUAGUUAUAGAUUUCUGUAACUUGUUUUGUUUCUUUUGCUUAUCUCUUAGAAAGCCCCUAACUUCACAAUAAUUUGCACUCAUACAUACCUGCUUUCCUGUAGUUCUUUUUUGUUCCCAGAAAUUUGAUUUCUGAGUUUUCUUUAAAAUUUUGGUUUAUGUAAACUAUUCGCCGUGUUGAAAUGAUUUCCGAUGUAAACAAUAAUGUGUUGGCAUCUGAUAAUGUUAAUGAAACUUGCUGUUUAAAAAAAUUUGAUUAAGUUGUUGGAGUAGAUCUGUUGAAGACUAUCUUACAGUUUGGUUUCAAGUUCUGGUUCAUCGACAAGCUAAUUAAUUAUGAUCCAUCAAAAAUUUUUUUUUUUUAAGUUUUAAACCAUUUGCUGAGUGCCGACUGUGGGGUUUAUAAGCACGAGAAAUAAUCAAUGACAA